AUGAUUUCAAAAAUAGUUCAUGCAACUAGUUGUACAGUAAAGUGUCCUAUUUGUGGAAAAUCAAUGCUUCUAAAAAACUGGAAAGAUCAUUGUCGACAAUUUCAUGCCAUGUCACAAACAGCGAUUGAUUGCAAAUAUUAUGAGUUGAAAAGAAAUAUAAAGCAGUCAAAUUUAAGUACAGUAACAUUAGAUACAACAACAAAUAGUGAAAACCCAAAUUCAAUGCCAAUAAAUACAUUAUUUUCCAUGAAAAAGUUUGUAUUAGUAAAAUCUACGAUUACCAAUGAGAACACACAAGCAGCUAAUGUUGAUAAUCAGGUUAAUCAAUCUCAAUUGAUGGAAAUUGAUUCUCAAAAUACGCAUCUUGAUACACCAAUAAAUUAUAUUGAACUUGAACCUUUACCAAUUAUAUCUGAUUCUUAUUUAAGCUUAAAUGAAAAUGAUAUUCCUUGUUCAAAUCAUGAAUCAUGCAAUCUAAUCGUAUCAACACCUUCAAGUAGUAAAAUUUUGCUUCAGAUUAAUGAAAUUAUUAGAAAUGGAAAUGAUGAAAUAUCGAACAAUUCAAACCGAGUACAACUUAAUGAUAUUCAGCUUCAUUAUGAAACAAUUGCAGAAGAUAAAGAAAGCGAAGGCAAAGAAACAGAUAAUAAUUUAAUUUCAAUACCAGCAUCAACAAAAAAUAUUGGACGACUUACUUCAAGCCGUUCAUUAAUUAUGUCAAAACAUAUUGAAGGUGUGAAGUUUAUUACUAGUAAUGAAGUGACGUUUAUUGAUACGCAACGGAAAAACCAUCCUUCUAUAAAUUGGCAUACUGACGAUAAACAAAAACAAGUUAAACCAAGUCGAGCAUGGUUUUCGAAGAAUUUUCAAUGGCUCCGAGCCGUAUGCACCGAUAAUAGAUACGGAUUAAUAUGUGUUGAUUGUGAUGAAUAUGCAAGAGAUAAAACUUUAAUUGAAAGAAAUAAAGGAGCUUUUGUAGUGAGACCUUAUUGGAAACUGAAGCACAAGGGAUUGGAUGGUAUAAAAAAUCAUCAAAAUAGUGAUUUACAUCGGGCAAGUCGUGAAAAACGAAUUGCCACUAAAAUCGUGGCAAACAUUGGUUGGACGCGUUUUGACAUCAAAGUUGCUGAAAAUGAAAACGAAUUUGAAAGCAAAUGGGGCCACUGGUAUGUGGCAUAUCAUGGGACAAAAUCAAACUUUGCUGAUUUAAUUUUGAGUUCCGGUCUAACGACAGGUCCAGGAUGUUGGGCUGCAGAAGAAAAGGUUGUCUAUGUCAGCCCCAGCAUUGAAUAUUGUGCACAUCCACGAUAUGCUGAACCUUGGAAUAAUCCAAAUAAUGGAAAAUAUCAUCAGCUUGUCUUUCAAUGUCGUGUUAAUCCUAAGUGUCUAAAUGUUGAUAAUACCCGUCCGGAAACUUUAUUAAGAAAUAAGAAUGUUCAAAUCGACAAAAAAUUUUCUAACAAGCAAUUGGAAUGGGUUAUUCGACCGCCAUCACAGCAUAUCCAAUACAUAACCGAUGACAUCAUCUGCUACGGUCUCAUGCUGCGAACAACUGAUGGUCAUCCUGAGCAGUUACCAUCGUCUCAUAGGUGGAAAUCCUGA